CAACAGUCGUCACUCUAGCAUUAAUAUAAACCAAUCGCAUCGUCCACGCAAGCAGAGGUGCACCGCUUUGGCGGAGUCCUUACCGGGGACGAGCAUCGCUGAAUAAACAGAACGAAACUGGCGGCUUGAAAAUGGAAACUUAAACUAUAUCGGCAGGGGGAAAAAGUGUGGUGUUCCUAGGCACGCCACCGUAGAAGACUUACAGCCAGGCUGUGUGUGAGAGAGGCUAUCUGCCCCCAUGUCUUCCCCUGCCAACCGCAGAUCUGCAGGAUCACGCAGAUUCAACCCCCUGAAGGCUCUGCAGCCGAAACGCCGCCUGCAGCAAAUGUCGCCAAUCCCCUCCCCUCCAGCUUUUGACUAUUGCAGGUUCAUAGAGCUAGACUACAUUCCCAUGGAGACAGGCUUUAUGGUUUCAAUGCGCCCAAGUCGUGGAUUUCUCACCCCACAAACGCCGGAGCGCCACAAGCGACGGACACCUGCCCCAGUCAGUUCCAGGGAUCCCUAUGGCAACUCCUGUCUCAGCAGCAGCAGCAACUCUGGGUCCUGCAAGGGCAGUGAUGGGAGUCCUAUAGCCAGGCGUCACACGAAGUACACGUCCUGUACUGAUAACCAUGGCAUCCGGCCCCCCCCUCCCGAGCAGUACCUGACACCCCUGCAGCAGAAGGAAGUGUGCAUCCGCCACCUGCGGGCCCGGCUGAAGGAGACCAUCGACAGGCUGCAGAACAGAGACACUGAGAUCGACGAGCUGAGGACGCAGCUCUCCCGCAUGCAGGAGGACUGGAUCGAGGAGGAGUGUCACCGGGUGGAGGCGCAGCUGGCCCUGAAGGAGGCGCGGAAGGAGAUCCACCAGCUGAAGCAGGUGAUCGACGUGGUGCGGACCAACCUGAGCGACACGGACACGGGCACGGUGCAGAAGUACUUCCAGGACAUCAGCGUGCAGAACCUGAAGCUGGAGUCGCUGCUGUGCAGCAUGGAGCUGGCGCAGAACGACUCGGGCAAGGAGGACGAGGCGGCGGGGGGCGGGGCCAGGGCGGGGGCGGGGGCGGGGCACGGCCUGCCGGGGUCCUGCGAUGGCUCCCCGGCCCGCUCGGUGACCCGCAGCUCCACCUACACCAAGCUGAGCGACCAGGCGCUGGCCGAUAAGAAUGGGAACGCGCCCGACUUCCCCAGCCUGUCGGGGGGGGAGGAGACCCAGGACAGCGGCUGCAUCUGCGGGGACAGCCGGGCCGACCUGCUCCUGGAGGCCGCCUUCCUGUCCGAGGAGACGGCCUCCUUACUCAGCACCUACUCCCGCAUGCCGCACUCCUCCACCUACGAGAAGCUGUGCACCGUGGAGAAGGUCAUGCCCCGGAGGUGUAGCAGCAGCAGCAGCAGCAGCAGCCACCCCUGCCUCUCCCACCACCACCUCUUCCUCCACCACCUCAGGGAGCAAGCCAUCCAGACGGACUGUGGCCCGGCGUACAACCCCGACCUGGACCCCAUCAACGAGAAGGCCUUCAGGUCCCAGGCCUGCAGCCCCACCUCCACCUGGAUCUCCGAGGAGGGGGAGGACUUUGACACCAUCACCAUGGCGACCACCACUGCCGCGGACCCUGCGCCGCCCCCACUGCCCUCCUCCUUCUCCUGCACCUGCAUAGAGCUGCCCCCCCUAGAGGACGAGGAGGCGCCGCCCCAAACCUGCCAGCCCAGGAGCGUGACGCCGCCAUCCGGGCAGGGCGGAGUGACGGUGGUGGAGGUGGAGGUGGAGGAGGAGGAGGAGGAAGUGGAGGAUGAGGACGAAGAAGGGGCAGCGGGCGGCGCAGAGACAGGCGAAGGCUCCGCCUCCACCGCGGAGCCCCCCCAGCGGAGCUACUGGAGCCGACACUUCCUGGUGGACCUGCUGGCGGUGGCCAUGCCCGUGGUGCCGGCCAUGGCCUGGCUGUGCCGGGCUCCCCGCAGGGAGGGCCAGCCCGUCUACAACAUCGGCUCUCUGCUGCGCGGCUGCUGCACCGUGGCCCUGCACUCUCUCCGCCGGGGCGGCAGCACCUGGCACUACCCGGCGGGCACCGGAGGCAGGGGGGCGCAGAUCUGAAUCCACACACCAACCCUCAACCCACAGCCCACCGCUCUUCAUCACCAAAUCAUUCCACUUCUCUACUUGAAAGGAGGAAGGGCACCAAAUUCAUGUCUGUCUGAUAGUGAUCCUGUGCUCUCUACAUAUGCCCUUCCUGACCCCAGGCCCUGUUGACCUUUAACCCAUCUCUCAUAUGUCCUGGACUGCACCCUCCUGCCAGCCCCUCCCUCCUCCAGGUCUGCAUGGAGACCAGGAAGUGGUUCACUCCAAUCAAAGCAUUUACUAAUGUACAGCGAUACAGGUCUGUCUUUCUAGUUGUUGGUCUGUGCCAGUUCACUUACAGUGAAAGUGUUUCAUGUUCAGCCUAUCCCUGUGAGCGUGCGAGUGUGUGUAUAUGUAAUUUCAGGCUGAGAAUUAUGUAGCCAAAGCAACCGGGUGACAAUUAAUGAAUGUUGUUUCUGUUGUUGUGAUAGUACUGACUGAUUGACUGCACUUUUUUGAGUCUUGGGGUCACUGAGGAUACGGAACACUGUCACUCCACCUUGGUCGUUGGUUUUUCAGCUUGUCGAUCAUAUUCAUAAUCUGUUGCGUCUCCAGCAGUCAAUAGUCCAUUUGUGAGCCAGACAAAAUCCAUGAUGUCAGAAAAUACAUAUAGGCAAAGCAUUUUGAGUAGGUAAGCGCACGCACCUAUGUUGGUGCAUAUUAUUGAUGACCGAAUGUCAGCCUUUAUUUUUCUUCCUAUUGAUCAGGAAGGAAGGAAGGAGUGAAAGAAACAGUUAUAAAUUAUUAUUUUAGUGAGUUAUAAGGCUGUCAAGCACCAAGUGGCCAGUGUUUGCCUUUUUUAUUGUCACACUUUGUGUGAACAUAAAUGUAGAUGUAACGCUAAAAAAUUAUUUUGACGUCCCUUCACUUUAACUUAAAUUAUAUUUCCGUUUCCAUGUUGAAUUAAUUAUGAAGCCAUCUGGGUUGAAGCCAUGCUGGGCCGAAAUCACUCCAAAAAUUUCUGACAUAAAUGAAAAGGUAAAAGAAAAAGCUGCCAUCAUCAAAUGUCACUUUUCAAAACCUUAUCAAAAAUGUUUUUUUAUUGAAUUGUUUGGUUUGAUUCCUUGAUUGCACUAUAAUUCACUUUAUAAGGCUAGCUAUUACUUGAAGUUUAAAUUGCUUUAGAUAUCUCAAAAUAUAUGUUUCCACCAACAGUGGGAUGGGUAUGUUUAUGUGUAAAGUAAUAAGAUGAAUUAUUUACAUUAAUAAAUAUACAAUAAAGCAGUAGUAAAAUAAUAAUAAAAUAAUAGUAACAAUGGUAGAUAAAUUAAUCUUGUAAUUGUAAUUGCACUGGAUAUUCAUUCAAAGCUAUACUGUAUGUCUGUAGAUCUAUCUGGGUAGCUCUUCCACUUAUUUUUCUCCUUUGAGAACUAAAUUGGAGUUGCCAUUUUGUUGCCGAUUCACGUCGCCUUUUUUCUGUUGACAAUCAUCUCACGCCUGAGCUCUGUGAACUCACAGUGUGGUUGAUCCAUUCCUGUUGUUUGUCACCAAUACGCUCUAUCGCUAAUAGCUACUAGCACUUACUAAAAUGUAAUAAAACGGGCGUAACAAUAAUUAAACUGCAAAACCUCUUUCACUUGCCUCAUUCAUCUUGUGAUAAACGGUUAUUUUCAUUUAGAAAUCUUUUUUCUUUUCUUGCUGUCCUAUGUGAUAAUUUGUUGAAUAGUUAUCUUCAAAUUAAUGAAAGCCUAAAGUCUAUUAUUAUACCACUCAUGAAAAUAAUGUAUAAUAAUGAGUGAUGUAUGAGGUGUAUGCCAUUUUUGAAAAGCCAUAUUGUAAUACAGGGGGCUAAGACAGUUGAGGUGUCUCAUCCAUAUUAUGGCAAACCCAAGAACACUAUGGAUUAGACUGUAAAUCCUUGAGUUCAGUCUCACUGCUCCACAAUUCCUGCAGCUCUGUCUCAGCCCAACAGAAGGCACUGUGUGUCCGGGGACUUGUUGAUUGAAACUGCUGUGUGUGACUGGGAAAGCCUCAACUAGGCUGGACAGCAAGUGUCCUAUUAAAAGAACACCGACUGCCUUCUGCAAGGAGACAAAGGGUACUGACAUGAAUGGGAAUCAUUGCCAUCAAGUUUUCUUCAUUGUCCUCUCGACAGUAGUAGCAUUUCUGUGUGUUUUGUUUCUUUAGAAAGUCUGAAGACAGCCAAAGUCAUUGUGGUUUAAUGAAUGAAGCGUGAUUGUAGCCAUGGUGGUAUGAGUAAAAGGGAGCACUCGGUAUCCUCUAGAUCAGGGGUGUCAAACUCCAACCAGUGUCUGCUGGUUUUCGGUGCGUUUCAGCGCAAGUGAUUAAUGCAAGUCAUUCAUUGGCUAGAGUCCAGACCUUGUUCUCAAGGCCUUAGUGGGUUGUUGAUUGAAAGGAAUCGCAAAUGCUUGCAGGCACUGCACCCCUCCAGGACUGGAGUUUGACACCCCUGUUCUAGAUUUGGACUGAAUGAUAAUGCAAAUGCUGUUACAGAUUAUUGAAUUCCCAUAUAUUAUCUCCCUUGUUUUGGCCAUUAAUAAUCAUUAGUGGUGAAAGUAAUAAUAAUUACCAUUAAUGUGAAAGAGUAAUUGGAGAAUUCACAGAAACAAAUAAAGACCAUAUAAACACA